AUGUACCUUGCGAUGGGGGUGGGCGCGUAUCUGCUUCCGAUUGACAUUUCGGCGUGGUUUGGCAUUCCGCUGUUAGGGCAUACAUUUGUGAACGCAGUGGUCAUUUGGACACUGGUCCUAUUUGUGUACUGUUUUAUUGCGUCUGUGCUCCCGGUCUGGACACUCCUGCAGCCGCGUGAUUUUAUCAAUAGCCAUGAGUUGAUUGUGGCACUAGGCCUGCUGAUUGUGGGGCUGGCUAUUGCGGGUUUGACGGGGAGAGCGGAUCUCUUUGCAUCUGCACCUGCGAUCGCGCCUGAUAUUCCGCCCGAUGCGCCGCCGAUUUGGCCCUUCCUGUUUAUCACCAUUGCCUGUGGUGCGAUCAGUGGAUUCCACUGCAUGGUGAGUUCUGGCACCUCCAGUAAGCAGGUCGCUUCGGAGAAAGAUGCGCAGUAUGUCGGCUACGGUGCGAUGCUACUUGAGGGUGGACUCGCCGUGAUCGUCAUCCUCGCGUGUUGCGCCGGGAUUGGUAUGGGGCUUUUUGAACGGAGUGGAACGGGCGCGAGCUACGCUUUUCAGCCUGUGAUUAGUUCUGAGACGGGGCAACAGAUUCGGUAUCAAGAGGCGUGGCGGACGCGCUAUGCUACAACCGAAACGGUGACGAACCCCGAUGGCACAACGCGGACGGUCGGCGGCUGGGCGGGUCACAGUCUUGCCAAAAAGGUGUGGAUGAUUGUUGAGGGGUUGAUUACGUUGCGACGGCGCGUGGGAACUAUCCGGAACUUCCGCCGCUACACCCACAACAGCAGCAGCCAGCUAGUUAGCGGGGAAGCAGGGAGGAUCAAAGAGGUCGAGUUUCGUAAGGUCUGCGCGAUUUUCGGGGUGACGGAUGUACGGAUCCUUGAUUUUCCUGAUAAACCGUUCCAUAACACGCCGGAGACGGUGGAGGCACUGCGACAGAUUAUCUAUGAUGUGCGUCCGGAUGUGUUAAUCACGCAGAGACCGCACCUGAGUGGACGUAACGCUAUGGCUUCUGCUGCACACAACGAUCACGAUGAGACGGCGUUUGCCAUUUUGGAGGCGCAGGGGUUGGCGGGAACGCCUGAUUACGGCAGCCGUCAGAGACCUCACACGAUUGCAGCGACCUAUUAUCCCGGUGUCUAUUACAUGCCAGACGAGAUUGACUUCUAUGUGGACAUUUCGGACUGGAAGGAGCAGCGGAUUCAGGCGGAAAUCCUUUUCAGCAGCCAAGGGCACACCGAAACCUUCGCCCGCAAGCGGAUUGAGAUCCAUACGGGCAAUGCGGGCUGGUCGGCGGGGACGCAAUAUGCAGAGGGAUUUGUCCGCGCUGCCCCGGAGGUUCUAUCGCGGAUUCAUGUGCCGGAAGCUGCUUUGCGGCGGGCUUCGGAGCCGCGUCAAAAUCACCUGAAGCGUAUUGCGGGUGAACUUGAUGAGGGUUGA